AUGUUUCUGAAAGGAAAUAUACUUAAAUCUAUAAAGUUUAAGAACACGGUGCCACUGCCGUUUUCAUACUGGGUACUAGUUACUCUUAGAUUUGCAUUAACGCUACUACCUCAAACAGGAUACAUUCACCCAGACGAAUAUUUUCAAAAUGUUGAAGUUAUUGCCGGUGAUAUAUUUGAUGUAGAUGUUGCAAGAACGUGGGAAUUCGAUCCAAAAUUCCCAAUACGAGACUGUAUGCUGAAGUCAGACAAUGUCAUUUAUCACCAAGAAUAUUUACAAGAAAAAUACAAACAUGCUGUUACACCUAUGGAGAGAGUGAGAAUAUAUAAAAUGCAAACACAUUUACCUCAGCAUUCUUUAAACAAUGUUUUGAGCUUGGCGUCUUUGGUUGUGAUAGGAAUAUUUAAUCGUCCUACAUUCAUAGGAUUUGCUCUAAUACCUAUAUUCUUUUGGUUGCAUAGAGGAAUUGGUUCCAAAAUAGUAGGGUUUGCCGAUUUUCAUGCCAGAAUAUUUAUGUUAGUUGUUUGUGGUAUACCAAUGGUCUUGUUGUGCAUCCUUGUUGAUUCCGCCUACUAUGGCUACCUGACAUUAGCCGAUAUUGAAUCUCUUCAAAUAUCUUGGAGUAACUGGGUUGUGACUCCUCUUAACUUCUUAAGAUAUAACACUGAUGUAAGAAAACUAACUAAACAUGGAAUUCAUCCCCGUUGGCUUCACUUGGCUGUGAAUGUACCCAUCCUUUUUAAUGUUUUGGGGUUACUAGCUGGAUGUGCAGUUAUACUUAAUACGUACAGGUUUGUCAAGGGACAAUACAGUAAAAUGCCUAAAAUACAAAGCAUAAGAGGACUAAUGCUAUUAUCAGCAAUAACACCGUUAGCUGUGCUCUCCUUAUUUCCUCACCAAGAAGCCCGUUUUAUAAUUCCAAUACUAGUGCCUCUAGUAUAUUUAUAUGGUAACAGUAUCCAUAUAUGUGAGGUAGAUGACAUGGAUGUAAAGACAUUAAAGAAGUUACUUAUAAUUGUAUGGUAUGGCUUAAAUAUGAUUUUUGCUAUAUUUUUUGGUUUCAUCCAUCAAGGAGGUAUUUAUCCUUUUAUUAAUGAUCUUUAUUAUGAAAACAAAGGCAGCUUUGGUUCUCAUAUGCAUGUAAUUACUACACAUAGUUAUAGCAUUCCUACCUAUCUUCUUCAACUAGAAAGCACUACUAGAAUUUGGAAGGAUAGAACAACAAAACAUAGUUUUACAAUCGCUCCAUCAACCUUUAUUCAUAAAUAUGGUUCAUUACCAAUGGAUCAACUAUUUAUGAAUGUUGAUGAAGUGUUAUCAAAUGCAGAAAUGCGCUAUCAUAAAUACAAGAAAAAAUAUAAACUGUAUGUAGUAUCACCAUGCUCUCUAGAAAAAAAAUUAUUCGGGGAAGCAAGUAAAUAUCAAUACAUUAAUUUAAUAGAACACAGUUCUUACUAUCCUCAUUUUUGUACUGAAGCAUUUCCCAAUUUUCCAAGUGAAAAUGAUAAAAGUUGUGUUAAAGGUAGUAAAAUUAUAAGUAACAAUGCUCAAACAGGUCUAACUGUGUUGGAGAGAAUCUCAUGCUUUAUAAAUCAGUUUUGCUUAAAAGUAUUUCAUGUUAAGGUAAAUGAGACAUAUACACUUUAA